AUGGAGACUCCAUAUCAAAACCAUAUUGACAAAGCGGACUUUGACCAUGUUUAUGAGCCAGCUGAAGACAGUUUUCUUUUAAUUGAUGCUUUGGAAAAAGAUCUCGGAUAUUUAAAGUUGAAAAAUCCCACAUUUUGCUUAGAAGUUGGAUCUGGUAGUGGUGUGGUUAUUACAGCGUUUGGAAUAGCAUUUCCCAAUACCUUUUGUUUCAGCACUGAUAUCAAUUUUAAAGCAUGUAUUAUGUCACGAAGUACUGCAAUUAGAAACAAGGUAUUAUUGGAUGCUGUUAACAUGGAUUUAGUCACUUCCUUUGUUGAUGAAAAGUUUGAUGUUGUUAUAUUUAACCCUCCAUAUGUUGUGACAGAGACAAAUGAAUGUGGAGGGUGCGGUAUCGCUGCAAGUUGGGCUGGAGGUGUGAAAGGUAGAGAAAUUACUGACAGGUUACUCCACAUGAUACCAAAGAUUCUCACUAAAAAUGGCACCUUCUAUCUUCUGCUUAUAAAAGAAAACAUUCCACUGGAAGUUGUUCAUAUUAUGUCUCAAUAUGGAUACAAAUCUGAGACUGUUAUUACAAGAAAAGUUAGGAAUGAACAACAAAUGGUUUUAAAGUUUUGUAAGUAAGAAAAAGAGUUUAUUAUUAUUCUUAAUAACAUAACAAUAUUUAUAGAUAUAAGAAUAGGCACCCUGUAUUUAAUAUACUUAAUAUGAUGUAUAGUAAAAUAAAGUGUGUUUAUAAAGAUUGUUUAAAA